AAAGCCGCAACCCUUCAACUAGAACCAGAAGCCGCCAAGCUCAAACCUUCCAUCGACGAUGAAAACUAAAUCCACCUGACGGCGAUGGAAACAAAGCCAACCCACCUUCCCACACGUCCCUCUCAUCCCCAACUCGCUAACAUUCUCCCCACAAUAAUAACAAUAUUCUUAUACCAUUCCAUCGUCUUCUUCAAGCUUCUCCUUCCUCCCUUCCUCUUCAUAACCACCCUUAGGCCUUAGAUGUCGCUCACUUCCAUUCUCUCCACCACGCUACGCCGCCGUUUCAGCAAUGCACUUCAACCUUUCUCGCCUGAUCGAAUCCCCGCCGUCCGAUCUCGACUCCCACCUCUCCCUCCGCGGCGGGUUGUUCCUCCACCCUGAUGACACCAUCGCCCCGAACUUUCUUUCCUUGAUUCCGGCCAAGUCCCGUUCGGGUCGGUGUUUCAGCAAAACGGUGCGUUUUGGGGACCGCCGAGGAGGGGUGUUCUUGUCGGUGAGCUUGUCGGAUGGGAACGAGGGGUAUGUUAAAGAAUCGGGAGAUGUCCUGGGGCAAAACGGGAAUAAAAGUUCGUCGGAGGGAGAAGUUGUGUUUGAGAAGGAGAGGAGUGAGAGUGUGGAGAAGGAGAAGGAGAAGGAGAAGGGAUCAGGUGCUAUGAAUACCACCAAGCAUCUCUGGUCUGGAGCUGUUGCUGCCAUGGUUUCAAGAACGUUUGUUGCUCCUCUUGAGAGGCUAAAGCUGGAGUACAUAGUUCGUGGUGAACAGAAGAACUUGUUUGUGCUCAUCAAGACGAUAGCAGAGUCUCAAGGGCUGAAGGGAUUUUGGAAAGGGAAUUUUGUUAAUAUUCUUCGAACUGCACCCUUUAAGGCUAUCAAUUUUUAUGCGUAUGACACGUAUAGAAACCACCUGGUGAAGUUGUCUGGGAAUGAGGAAACCACGAAUUUUGAGAGGUUUGUUGCUGGUGCUGCAGCUGGAAUUACAGCUACCUUGCUCUGCUUGCCCAUGGACACUAUCAGGACAAAGAUGGUAGCGCCUGGUGGAGAAGCAUUGGGUGGUGUAAUUGGUGUUUUUAGCCACAUGGUCCAAACUGAAGGAUUCUUUUCUCUUUACAAGGGCUUACUACCCUCUAUUGUCAGUAUGGCACCUUCAGGUGCAGUUUUCUACGGCGUUUAUGAUAUACUAAAAACAGCUUAUCUGCAUUCACCCGAAGGCAGGGAAAGACUACGACACAUGAAACAAGAAGGGGAAAAACUGAAUGCUCUGGAACAAAUGGAGUUGGGUACUUUUAGAACAUUAUUGUAUGGGGCCAUUGCUGGUUGUUGCGCUGAAGCUGCUACAUAUCCUUUUGAAGUUGUGAGGAGGCAACUUCAAAUGCAAGUUCGGGCAAAUAAGUUAAGUGCAGUUGCAACUUUUGCGAAAAUUGUUGAGCAAGGAGGUGUUCCUGCUCUUUAUGCCGGAUUGACACCCAGCUUGUUACAGGUCUUACCGUCUGCUGCCAUCAGUUAUUUUGUGUACGAGUUCAUGAAGAUUCUUCUCAAAGUAGAGUCUUCAUAGUACUUUUCAGUCCUCAUCACGUACCAAAUUUUUCGUUUUUCGAAAGUCCCUUGGAAUGUUCUACAUUAACAAUUUGUGUGAUUGGAGAAGGAACUGGAUUCCAGCCAUACACGAACUGACGCAUAAAUUACAGCCUUUUUGUAAUGUUUAUUCCACUGGCAAUUGAGCAGUUAAACGGUCCAAGUGAAUUUCAAUGCAUCAGCAACCUUAUAUGA